AUGAGCACGAACAAUAAAGUAUGUGACCCAGACAACAUCUAUAGCGAGCACCUGAAAACUACGUUCCCUGUACUAGUGAUUCCCCUCACAGCGCUCCUCAAUGAGUGCCGGAAACGAGGAAUUGUACCAGAUCAGUGGAAAUAUUCGAAAGUGAUAAUACUGUACAUGGGAAAAGGUAACACGGCUGACCCAAACGUGUACAGGGGCACUGCUCUAGAGAACACUCUAUUCAAGAUCUUUACAACACUAUUGUGCAAGCGUCUUAGAGAUAUCCUCGAUGAGAAACUCCCCGAUUCACAGUUUGGUUUCAGAUGUGGGAGAUCAGUGGCACAAGCUGUACACUGUCUCCAAACCGAUACAAAAAUGGCCGUAGCGAACCGAGGGGGAAAGCUUCAUGCAAUUUUCGUAGACUUCACCAAGGCGUUCGACACAAUCAAUAGAUCCAUUCUAAUGAAGAAACUGGAAACCUCCUUAGUUCCAAGACAUUACCUGUUGCCAGUCAUUAGAGACCUCCAUUACUUUCUUUACAGACUGUUGAAACCAUAA